UCGGAGUUCGUCACAGCCGGACAUGUCUUUCAUCCAUGACAGCGCUGUUCUUGCCUGCUCCGCGUCCGGCUUCAAGGCUUAUCAGUGUAUCAGCACGGGUAGCGGCGCAUCUUCAAGGGAAAUAUGGAGGCUCGUCUAGUUCAGCUCGCUCGAUUCCACAUCGUUGCUACCCCUAGUUGCCGGCAUAUUGAAACACCGUGGUUCACUACCCCAGUCGUGUUGUGCACACACUACGCUGGCCCAUGUACGAGGGGAGUAUGGCAGGAAACACGCCCGGCGACCAUCAAAUGGCCCCCGUUGCGCUUCUGCUACUUACGCUCAACGUCGUUGUAGCAUCGCUGCUGGCUUCCUCGCCACCGUUCUUAUGGCGACUUGGGGGCACUGUCGUAUGUUUUGUGCUCUUGGUCGCUGCAUUUAUGGUGGCUCGGGGGAGAGCCUGAGUCAGAGCGACUAUCCGACCGGGUGCAUACUCAUGAUACAAGCGUUCACUGCUGUCUAUCUUCUCUGGAUGACAGACCCCGCACGCGACUUCCGGCACGAGCGCGAUUACGCCGCACCGGAGGAGCUGUCAUUCCUGCGUCGAGUGUACUGGGCGCUGUGUAUUAUGAACAAUCCUCGGGGAGUUGGAUGGACCUGUCAGGUUGCGAACGUGCCGCCAUUGCCCACUGAAGCUCGAUGGCCCUUCGUGCGCCGACGACUCAGGCGUGCAAUAUACUGGUAUAUGCUCCUCGACAUCUUCCAGAACUACGAACAGCGCAAUCCUCUGUUCUCCCUUCGAGGCGAGGAUGUAUCGGUAUCCUCACAGGGCUAUCUCCUCCGUCCUGUCAAUAUAUUCGUGCGUGUGGCCAGCGUAGCCGGAUCGAUCGCCAUGCAGCAUGCGCUCCUUGCUGCCGCGAUGGUGGCAUUCGACUUGUCACUUCCCAGAGAUUGGCCGGACAUCUACGGUCGGUGGUCUGAUGCAUACACUGUUAGGCGAUUAUGGGGUCGUUCCUAUCACCAGUCGUUACGCAGGUUGACGGCUUCAACCGGCAAGAUGGUUUGCCGGAUGCUAGAUCUCAGGCCAGGAUCAUGGGCAUCCUCGUACACCCAGCUCUACAUUGGCUUCGCCGUCUCAGGCCUCAUUCACUGCGGAGGCGACUUCACGGUCAGCCGCAAGCUUUUCGGGUCGUCCUUCCUUUUCUUCUUCUCGCAGGCCAUCGCCAUCACCGUGGAAGACGUAGUCAUCGGCGCGGCCCGCAGGGCACGACUGCGCUUGCCAAAUGGACUCGCGCGUCUCGUCGGCUUCGCAUGGGUGUUCAUUUGGAUGAACAUAUCGUGUCCGUGGUACAUCGACUGGAGUCUGAAGGAGGGUGUCAUGGACACGGAUCGGGUUCCGUUCUCGUUGAUCAAUCUAAUGUCUUCGAGUACGAAUGCGGGGACAGUCUUGUUUUACGCUAUAUUGUCCCCGAUGAAGUCUUAGUGUGUCUUGACCUGUCAUUCGAAGGACCGGAAGAGGAACUUGUUGUAACGACUAGAGAGGGACGUUGUAAUACUAGUAUUGACGCUGUCUUGAUUGUACUACCACCAUUCUCGUCCCUCUUAAGUACGUACGUCUCAAGCUACUCAUAAUGGUUAAACAGCUCGUCAGAUUUGCCAAAGGAGAACACUGGCAGAAUUCCACGGUAUCGACUUACCGCGGUCUCCAAGCUCUAUAACACUGCAUGAGCGCGGUACUUGUAC